UGUGUGAGACACGUGUGUGUGUGAGACACGUGUGUGUGUGUGUUUCACGUGUGCAGCACUGACACAGAGGUGAACAUGGACCCUGCUGUUGUGGAGACAUUAAUAUUAAAGCUUCAUGAUGUUGACGCGGUGAAGUUCGGCACGUUUAAGCUGAAGACUGGACUGAUUUCCCCGGUUUACUUUGACCUGCGUGUGAUUGUGUCUCAUCCUCACUUAAUGACCCAGGUUUCAGCACUGCUCCAUCAGUGUGCCGAAGAAGCCGGAGCGAAGUUUGACUGUGUGUGUGGAGUACCAUACACCGCUCUUCCUUUAGCUACCAUCAUCUGCUCCACCCACAACUACCCCAUGCUUAUCCGCCGCAAAGAGGCCAAGGACUACGGAACGAAGCGUCUGAUCGAGGGCACUGUGCGUGCAGGUGACGUCUGCCUGGUCGUGGAGGAUGUGGUGACGAGUGGCAGCAGCGUUAUGGAUACGGUGCAGGAGCUCCAGGCUCAGGGGUUAAAGGUCACAGACACAGUGGUGCUGUUGGACCGUGAGCAGGGCGGAACAGAGCGACUGUCCAGUGAGGGGAUCUCUCUCCACGCCGUCAUCUCCGUAUCUCACCUUCUGGACGUUCUCUUCCGAUCAGGACGAAUCGACCAGCAGGUCUUCAGCAGUGUGGAGAAGUUCAUCCAGGAGAACCAGACGUUCAUGCCGGCAGGAGAGAAGAAGGAGAAAGGUAGAGAAAAGGAGAAGGAUAGCGAAGUGAUGAGUUACAGUGCUCGGGCCGCUCUCUCCACCACACACCCUGUCGCCAAACGUCUGUUCACUCUGAUGGAGGAGAAACGCACCAACCUGUGUGUCUCAGCGGACGUCACACACACGCAGGAGCUGCUGGAGCUGGCGGAGACGCUCGGGCCGCUCAUUUGUGUGAUGAAGACACACGUAGAUAUUCUGCAGGACUUCAGCAUUGAAGCUAUCAAAAAGCUGAAGGAGCUGAGCACAAAACACAACUUCCUCAUCUUCGAGGACAGGAAAUUCGCUGACAUCGGAAACACAGUCAAACAUCAGUAUGAAGGUGGAGUGUAUCGUAUCUCCUCGUGGUCACACAUCAUUAACGCUCACUCUGUGUCCGGCCCGGGCGUGAUCACAGGGCUGAAGGCUGUGGGGCAGAGUCUCGGUCACGGCUGUUUACUCAUCGCUCAGAUGAGCUCACAGGGAGCGAUGACAACUGAACAGUACACACAAGCUACGGUAAAAAUGGCGGAUGAUCACCCAGACUUUGUGUUUGGGUUCAUCAGUGGGUCAAAAGUCAGCGAUAAACUUGAGCAUGUUCACAUGACCCCAGGGGUACAGCUACAGAGUGGAGGUGACGACCUCGGGCAGCUGUACACCACCCCCGAUCAUGUGAUUGGCUUUAAAGGCUCUGAUGUCAUCAUCGUUGGACGAGGAAUUCUGUUGGCGUCUAACAGGCGGAAGGAAGCGGAGAAGUACAGGAAGGCAGGAUGGGAGGCGUAUCUCAGCAGACUCUCUUUAUCCUGAUGACCAGAUCAGAUCCAGCCUUUAAUCUUCAGUCAAAUUCUGAUCACAUUCCUGGUUAAUUCUGAUCUUCAUCUUGUGCUGGAUUUCACUGUUCUUAACGUAUCCCAGUUCACUUCCCCUAAUCCCUCAUUAGUGUGUCGCUGCAUCACUCCAGUGAGCACGAGGAUGAGUGUGUAGUGUUUAAUUAGAAGACGCUAACACUCUGGUGCUAAUGUGCUAAUGCUUGAUGACUGGUUUCAUAGCUAACAGACAGACAGACAGAGCGAGACACAGACAGACAGACAGAGCGAGACACAGACAGACAGACAGAGCGAGACACAGACAGACAGACAGAGCGAGACACAGACAGACAGACAGAGCGAGACACAGACAGACAGACAGAGCGAGACACAGACAGACAGACAGAGCGAGACACAGACAGACAGACAGAGCGAGACACAGACAGACAGACAGAGCGAGACACAGACAGACAGACAGAGCGAGACACAGACAGACAGACAGAGCGAGACACAGACAGACAGACAGAGCGAGACACAGACAGACAGACAGAGCGAGACACAGACAGACAGACAGAGCGAGACAGACAGACAGAGCGAGACACAGACAGACGGAGACGGACAGACUUGAUUAUUGUAUGGAACUCUCUGGUUUAAUGUCACUAGCAUGAUUCCUCUUACGCUUAUUAGUCAUGAUAACUAGCUAGUUUACCAAACUCCUGACCUGCAGAGCAGCUGUUAGUGUUUGUGUGUUGUUUAUUGUUUUGUUUGUACCCAUGCUGGCUGCUUGUGUACUGUUUGUCUAAUUUGUCUACAGCUAACAGGAUAAAUCACUAAAACCCAACAUGAACUAGCAGAUUUGCUGCAUUGUUGUUAUAAUUCCGGUCACUACUGAUUUAUUACUGCAGAUUAGCUAGCAUGCAGAUGACCACUAGUUCUUCACCUCCAAGCUAACUAGCAUGUUUGCUAUGUAGCAGGUUACGAUAAGCUGAUUAGCUACAUGGCUAGCUUAUCAAAUAGCUAAUUUGCUAUUUAGCUGACAUGAAGAAUUAGCUUAUUUGCUACCUUGCAAACAGAAGUAUAAUUAGCUAGUUUAUUAAACAGCUUGCUGACUAGACAGCAAUCAUUUUUUUAUUUAGUUUACGUAACGGAUCCUUUUUCCAGUUAUCAUUAUUAGCUAACCGAUUUGUCUAUUAGUUAGCUUGCUAACUCGUGGGUUUGCUAUCUGCCUACUGUGCUGACUAGCUAGCAUGAGAUAACUAGCCAAUGUAUUUAAUAUAUUGUGUACUGACUAACUAGAGUUCAGUUUAGUUGGAAUUACCUGUCUGUGUGCAGUCUGUGUGCUAAGUAGUUGGAUUGUGUCCUUAUGUGUUAAUUUGCUGCUAGCUUGUUAGUAAUUGGCUAGCUUGUCUGACUAGUAUGCUAACCUGAUGAUGCUGUUUAUAUUAGCAGUGAAUCCAGUCUUAAGGAUCGAGUGACUCGACUGUCGGCUAACAAACUCACUCAUUCUGAGGUACAGAAGUUUAGCAGCCAAUCAGGUGAUGAGGAAUUGAACAAGGGAGCGUUAAAAACAUUGGAAUACAACCGUGGGGUUAUAUCUGGUUAUAACAUUUCUGCCUUAAUGAAACCUUAAUGAAAUUUUUAAAAUUUUUAAAAAAAAUUUUAUUGAUAGUGUUAAUUUGCUUUAUUCAGUAAAAGAAUUUACAAUUUACUUCUGUAAUUACAAAACGACUCAGGAAGAAAAUUUUGUAUUUGAUCCAUCGCACAAAUCUGAAGUAUGUUGUGUUAAAAUGUUGUUAAAUAUUCCAUGUAACUAGUGAUGCUGUGAAGAAUGGUGAGUGAAGUGUUUAUUCAUGUGAACACUCCAUCAUGGUGUUGAGUUGAAACUGAACCUCUGUAUAUCAAUAAAAACGUUCAGUUCCGUC